AUGAGACCGUCAAAAUCCAAUGUUAGUUCCGAGAGGCAGCAGUUCGUCGAGGAACUGCACGCUCCGGCGAGAAGAAAUUUUCCACGAAGACGCGUCAUAGUUUGUGGAUACGAUGAUCUAUGGCAGGCUGAUAUCGUCGAGAUGAUUCCAUAUUCACGUUUCAACAGAGGCUACCACUAUAUUCUCAUUGUCAUCGAUGUGUUAAGCAAACGCGCGUGGGGCGUACCUCUCAAGAGCAAGAGCGGAAGCGAGACCGCUGACGCUAUCUCUGAAAUAAUUCGAGAGAGCGGAAGACGCCCGAAAAAUUUACAGACCGAUAUGGGGAAGGAGUUUUACAACGCCAAUGUGCAGAAAGUAUUGAAGAAACACAACAUUAAUCAUUAUUCCACGUACUCGGUAAUGAAGGCGUCGGUCGUCGAACUUUAA